AUGGCCAAACGCAUCGAGGCGGAAAUAAAAAACAUAAUCGGGGACAUCUACGUGUCAACGAUCCUCCUUAGCAGCAGUAGAAUUGCGAAGCGAGAAGUGGCCCUGUUUCUGGGCAUUAGCCUGAACGACCUGUUCCAGCCAUUCGGAUGCUUCAACCACUUAUUGAAUGAAAAGAACGAACAAGUGGACCUAACCCUCAGUGGAGCAGUAAGCAUAAAUUACCUAAACAAAAAUAAUGUAAUCUGCCAAAAGGUAGUUGAAUACCAUAAGAUUAAGCUGCAAUUUGUUAACCUGGAAGAAUACAUAGAUGUAAAAUUGGAUUCUUUGGAUCGACUUUUAAUUGAUUCCAUUUCGCAUAAUGAGCCGGAUUACAGCGACAUAUACAACGAAGGAAACUUAAGUGCCUAUUUCGCGAAAAAUAAUCAGGACAGUUCCAAGCAAAGUGAGGACCAUUUCAACUACCUAUGUGCCAACUCGAAUGCGUUAGCAGCUAAUGUGAAGAAGGAAGUUUUGAGGAAGCCCACGGGGGGGGCGUUCCCCUCUCACAGUGUGUACAGCGAAAGGGUGGGAGAAGCAAAUGGAGGGGGAAUACCCUUUUCUCUUCCACACACAUUACAUGGUCCAUCUGCUCCAUUUGGUACGUCCCCACUUGGACAGUUCCUAGGGAGAAAGGAAUCCCUAUCGAAUGUGCACAAAUAUAACGCCUUCUUCUUGCCAUGGUUUAGGACCUACUUUAAGACGGCCUGGAAGUACACCCACAUGUUUAGCGAAAGCUCCUGUACCCCCUUAGGCCUCAUCUAUAUAGGCAGCACCAGGGAUGAAAACGUAAUUGAUACAUACAAAAGUAUGAUGCAGAAGGAUUUAAAAAAGGAAAACGUGAACAUACAUGCGAACAUUCCCAAGUGCAUAAUUCUUCUGCACAUCUCGAGCAACCACGAGGAUGACAUAGAAACGGAUGUGCAGAAACUUUUUGUAAAAAUUCAAUCCACCUUUUCCAACUUCAAGUGCCAUUUACUUAUUAUAAAGGUGCAUCGAUUUUUGAAUAACUGCCUAGGAGGAGCGGCGAAAAUUGCCCCCGCGGUGGACACGAAUAAGGGGGAACACAUAAACGGUGUUGAGUCCCUCUCGAGUGUGAAACGCCCCUCUGAUGAGCUACCCAAGGGAGGAAUAACCCAGGUGGGUAGCUCCUACGAAGGGAACCCCCCCACCCAGCAGCUGUACUCCAAGGAAAGCGUCCUAGGAGAUGAACGCUUAUUGUCCUACACGGAAAUUAACUCACUAAGGAGGAACAAAAACAAGUUGCAUCCACAAAAGAAUUCACACCAUCUGCGGUUAAGCAGCAUACAGGAGCUGUACGCCGAUAACCUGGGUAGCCAUUUUAGUGACUCCCCCCAGGAUGGAAUAAAAGCAGCCACAAGCAGCAUCGAAAUUGAAGAAAUGAAAAAAGUGAAGACAAACUUUGCCAACAAAAUGGGUUCUAUUUAUGAGUACAUUUUUUCAGAUCAAAUUAUUUACAUCAGUAAGAAGGACCCCCUCCAUUUGGACGAAGCUUAUUUCUGCUGCUGUCUGGACCACGUAGAUAUUGUUUCGCUAAAAAUGUUUUUUCAUAACUUCGUGCAGAUCUGUGUCAUUCCCUAUAUCAACACAAUUACCUACGAUAUUAACCACCUCAUUCUGAGGAAUAGAAAAACCCUGCGAAAUCAGUUGAAGUUCAUGUGGAAGAGAACAAAGAUGAAUUUUAGUUCAACCGAUGCUGCUUUGAUGGUCGCUGAACAGACAGGUAGUGCUUUUCUCAACGUCGCGCAGAAUGUACUCUCACCGAGCAGUGACGCUAUAGGUGGAGGUAACGCUCUUCCUGGGAAGUACGCUCUGGAGGAAGAGAAAGCUGCCCUUGGGGAUGAUCAGCAGAUAAGCAUUCCAACGGAGUUUGCCUCCUUGCAAAAGAGCGCAAGUGGGGAUUCGGCGAAGAUGGGGGGUGGCCCCGACAUGCUCCCCACCAACGCAGGUAACACCACCAAGACAGUUAACACAGUUGACACGGUUAACACUGCUAACACGGUUAAUGCGCUUGGCACGGUUGACGGGGUUAACGUGGGCGAUGCGAAGCACUACAAGAAGGAGCCCCUGGAGCGGCUCUACAAAACGCUCAGCGACGUGUACUUCAUCCUGGGGGAGUACGAACUGGCCUACAGCACCCUAAAAUUUUGCAUCAACGAAUUUAAGCAUGAAAAGUUAUAUUUCUACUUGGGGAAUAUUUACAAACUUAUAAGUCUUUCCAUUUUUAACAUGGACAGCCAAGUGAAUAAGAAGGAUGCCCUAUACUACCUGGACCUCAGCUACCAGAUGUUCUCAAAAUGUCAGCAUUUAAACUACAUGUUCAUAUGCGCCAUAUUAAAUUACUACUUAUCCCUGAUUCAUGAUGAGAAAAACGAGGCAUCCGUAAACAUUUUAAUUAACGCCAAUGUGGAUUUUACCUACCUGGACGAGAAACCCAUUGAGGAGAGCAGACCCGUGGGGGAGAGUAGGCCCACCAAACUGUCCUUCCAAAUUAACAACAUAAGGUCCGGACUCCUCCUAGAGCAAAUAACUUACAGCUACAAGAAAAGGAAAAAAAAAAAAAAAAAAAGUGGACAAUCUUCUCACGCAAUGGGCAACUAUACCCCACGGGAUGAACCAUCCACGAAUUCAAUUCAUAAGGGUGCUAAUGUGGGGGGUUCUCAACCGGGCAUCGCUACGAUGGGGGAGAACCACCUGAUGAACAGGCAGGAUGAACAUGCACAUAAUCGUCUGAGCGAAGGUAACAUAUCUUUGGGGGGCGCAUCGCAGGAGGGAAAUCAAUCACCUCAUCCCCCGUUUGGACAAAGUUAUAAUGGGCACCACUACGAAGGGAACGAAAACCAAAGUGGAAAAACCCACCAGCGAAUACAAACCGUAGAGACGUUCACCAGCUCAGACGAUUAUGAGGAGGAAAAUCACCAAAGUGCGAUUCGACCCAAUCGCAGUGUAGAAAACGCCCUCCUGCCAGAUAACCUGGACGAAAAAAGUGUGCAAAAAAAAAACGACUACAAGUGUAGAAAGUACCUAUUCGAAAUGACCCUAGCAGGACACACAUUCAACAAAUGUGGGUUCAAGAAGUUGGCCCUCUUUUGCUACUCAAAGGUGCUAAAGAAAUAUGAAAAAAAAAAAAUGAAGCACAUUUAUGAGCAUUUGCAUUUUAUGAUGGCUAGACAAGCAUUCAGUAUCAACUUGUACUACGAGGCACUCAACCACUACAUCUGCAUCUUGAAUUCCAUCUCGAAGAGCUUCGAACAGUCCUACGUGCUAAACGGACACGUGGACAUUUACUGCGCCUCGCCGGACAAGGAGAUUAACUUCAUUAGGGAGUUCGCCUACGUGUACAAAAUUUAUGUUGACCGAGUUUUGAACAGAUUCUUCAGGCGGAUGAGGGAUAGGGAUAUGCAUGUAGAAACGCAGGACAACAAUCAAUUGGAUCCGGUGGACGCCUCGACAAGCGAACCAAAGCAAACAUCACACAACGAUGCUGUUUCCCAAAACAGGCUAAACCGAAUGCUGUACUUCCAGGAGGACAACGAGGAGAACAUAAUAAAACCCCUCAACCUCCGCAUCCCCCUCCUGCACAUAAGGGACGACGAAGGCUCCUUCCUAAAUUCCAUUUAUGUAACCAAAACGAACAUCUAUACGUAUCAAAGUAGAAUCCAUACUAACUUCUACAACAUCAUCAAGGGGUGCCUCUUCCAAAUGAACAAAUAUGACACGACAAUUGACGACCUGUUCACCAUCAUGGCCAAGGAGUUUAACGAUUUAUCGUUAUCCAACUUGCACGAACUGAAUUAUCUGCACUUCACAUACAAGAAGUUUAUUAAUUGCCUUUUCAACGAUUCCAUUGCGUGUUCUUCAGCCGAGUUUCCCAUUUCUGACGGUGCAGGGGGUGGGGGGGCUACUCCCUUUACCGAAGGGAAGACGGAAAACAACUGUCCAUCCAAUCCAGGGGACGCAGUCAUCAAGUCGAUCAAUGUGACCCCAUUCCUAAGCUCGAACAGUAGAGAAUGCUUCACCACGUAUAUCCACCAACUGAAGAGAAAAUUCACCAACUGCCUCCCCCUUAUGCAGUCUAUAAGAGGGAAGAAUAUAUACCAGGGGUCAACAACGAAAGAGGAAACUAUCGUAAACACCAAGUUCGUUCAGUACGCCUCCAAGGGGGAGUUCAUAUUUGUCACUUUUAAGUUAGUGAAUCCUCUGCACACGAAGGUGGAAUGUCAGGGCGCUCACAUCUGCGCGCAUUACCAUAACGAAAGCAUGAAUAGCGACAUCGAGGUUGAGAAGAGGGUAAUCAUUUUGGAGGCCAGGGAGACCAGGGUCUUCACUUUAUUCCUGCGCCCGCAGAAGAGGGGCUUGCUGUUCAUUUCGGGAAUAACGUGGCACCUGUUCGGCCUCGUCAAGGUACACCAGAAUUUCUUCACACACGGCAUGAAGAAGCUAAACAAAAAGUUCGACCGCAUGCACACUAUCAAGUACGACGAAGUGUACAACUGCGAUGGAAAGGAGGACAAGAAGCAAAGUUUAAAGCGGCUCAACAAGGAAAUUAACUCAUACACGUGGUCUACAAACAUAGGGAUGCCAGAAGGGAACAGCGCAGAAAAAAUGAAGCACUACGACGUAGACAACAGACUCCUCCUCUACAUCUACGACAACACAUAUCAUUUCUCCUUCCAAUUUGAAAACAUCCAUUCGGGGGAAAAGCGAAACGUGAGCAACUACGAGGUAGAUUUUGUUGAGCUUCUGGAAGGGGAACAAUUCGAGAUGGUCCUAAAAGCCGUUAACCAUUCAACCAUGCCAGUCAACUACCUAAGUUUCUGCAUAACCCCGUCUAGCCUUUUUAACUGCUAUAAGGUUAUAUAUAAUGAAGAGGAGUACCUCCUUGGGGAACCUCCAAAUGUGCAACGUAUGUCACACCAUGAUCAGGGAAAGGGUGAACGCACGUGUAGGGGGGUUCCCCACGGGGCAAACGCCCAAGUGGAGGGGGAGGAAAAAUUUCACCAAAAUGAACCUAACUCAAAGAGGAAACGCCUGUCCAUAGUUGCCGACAUGUAUUCUGAAGAGGCACUACGUGAAGACACCAAUGUGUUUAGGCAAAAAUUUAAAAACAAACAAAUUCAGCAUGUAAAAAUCAGUGGACAUAUCUCCCCAAAUGACGUUUUUUACCUGCACGUUCAGGUAAAAUCCAACUGUACGGGCAUGCACAAAUGUAUGAUAACAGCUUUGUGCAAACAUAAAAAUGAAGCGAUCAAAGUGGGAGAUGACAUGCACAUGAAGAAGAAAAAAGAAAGUUGCCUAACUUAUCCAGAAAUGUUUGUCGACAAGAAGGAAAAAUGUUUUUUAUUUCUAAGGCUGCUGCAUGUCGUUCCGCUGGUCAAGCUAAGUACAUACCUCCUUAACCCCUGCCAUGGCUCAAAUUCGUUCAUUUAUUUCUUCAUUCACAACUUGUGCAGGAGUGAUAUUUACAUGCACAACAUACUUUUGGAGCGUGAGAAAGGGCUGCAUUCUCACACCAAUGAAAAUGAUCCCCCCAAAAAAAGUGCAGACGUGCCUGCCAGUUCAAGCUUCACAAAAUUAAUUACAGUACACGCGUCCGAUUUUGUUUACCUGAGGAAAGGAGAAAAAUCCACGGCACUUCUCUGCGCCAAGGAGGCCCCUCCAAACGUAGCAGUGAACGUGUCGCGAAACUCCCCCCAGAAUGCAGCCCCUAUCGCUGUCCACAUGAACUGGAUCGUGAAGGAUGGAACACACAUGCGUAAGGGAUCCAUGAAGAAGGAAGUCCACUUCCCCACCGAUAUAGUAACCCUCUCAGUGGACCAAACCAACAGAGACAUUUACCUGAACAACCAAAAGGAAAUAAAUUUUAAAAUAGCAAUCAACAUUCAGAACAAUUCAGGAGAAGACCUUACCAAUUUUUACGUGCAAGCUCAAGAGGUGGAUUCCAUGAAUUCCGCCCUCUCCAUGGACUGUUACGACAGUGAAGAGGGACACCAGUUGGAAGUUCCCAUGUUGGACGUUCCCCAGGUGGGUGCCGAUUGGGGGGAGGAACCUCCAGGACAGAUCGAAUAUCCACACAAGGAUGAUCUGCCAGAGGAGGUUAAGAAGGAACUCACCUCGGUAAGCAGUAUCAGCGUGAACCCCCCUCCCCUGGGGGAUGAUAUGAACAUACCGAGCUGUGCAAAUGAGUUGGAGACCGUCCAAACCAACCACGUGUUGGAAUACAACAACCCAUGUGAUGGGGUCUCCCCCCAAUGUAGCAUGGACGAACCGGAAGGACAGGCGAGUGUCCCCCAUUUCUCCUACCAGUCUACGCUUAACGAUGAGAUAAGUAUUGCACAGAACAGCGUGAAGAGGAAAAUCAAGUUGUCCAGUUACAACCCCAUAAGUGCAAGCUACCAAUGGGAUGGUAACUUUGAGGUAAGCAUGUCGACGGGGUUACUUGGAACUGGCUGUCUCCCCGAUGAGGUGAAUGGGGAGAACGCACCUAUCCGUGAGAAGCAGAACAUAAUAUUAGAUGCAGCCAACUCGAUGGAAAAAGGAAACCUCCGCACCGAUAAAAUGACCAGGAAGUUCCACCAAACCGUAAGGGACAACACAUAUAUCCACAACAACCACAGCGCAGACGCUAACCAAUGCACCCCACUAAGCAGAAACCUCACACUAGCAAAUGUCGCAAACCAGAAAGACACAGGAAGAAGGGCCCUUUCAUUAAGCGGCUUUCUCUUCAUGGGAAUUGUCCAACGGUAUAUAAAAAGAUUGAAAAAGGGGCAAAGCAAAAAGUUAUAUUUUAAUGUUCUCUUCACUCGAGAGGGCAUCUACAACAUAAAUAAAUUUCACGUCAUUUUCGACCUGCACAAUCAGACCUUCAUGGUACAGCCGCUUAAUCAGUUAAUUGUGCAGGUGCACCGGUGA